AUGGAUCUGCAGCCUCCGUCGGUUCUGGCUCACUUGCCGCGCCCGUUGCAUGCCUCUACUGGUAAAACCCACCUGGGCGAAGUGCAUAGCUUGGCCGACUCAAAAAAGCGCAAGAGACAUGAAGUGGUCGUUGCGGUCGAUGGAGAGGCUGUGAAUAUCUACAACAUCCAAACACCCAAAUUGGUGACCUCCUACGCCGUCCCACCUCAGUCCGCGUUCUCCUGCCAGCCCUGCUCGGUGCGCAGAAAGAUCAAUAAGUCUCUUGUCAGGAGGCAGACCUACGUCGCCGUGAAACAGCAGAUCAAGUCUUUCGUGGAGGAGAAUGGCGGGAACGGAUCUAGUGCGCCUUCCAUCGGUUCCUCGUCUUAUUCAGUGACCGAUUCGGAAAGUCCUGCGGUUUUCGUUGGCAUUGUUCCGACCGAGUCUAAGGAGGAGGAAGAGGAAGGAUCGUUCGAUGUUCUGGCUGUUCAUCAAGACGGUCGCGUCCGGCGCCUGUCUUCGGACUUGAAGACCCAGCAUUGGAGCUUACGGCACAGCGAGGUCGCUAAAACCAGCACAACUCAUGAGAUCCGCUCAUGUUUCCUCGUCGAAUUCGAAGAUGCGAAGAAAUCCUUGUUCAAGCGCAGACAAGAUCUGGCCGCCCUAGCCUUUGGAAACCUCACAGAGACCGGUGUCGACGAACCCUCGGUGCUGUUGCUUGUUUCGCAACCCAUUGGCUCCCAGCACACGAAACUGAGCGACGUGAAGGUCCAAAUGUUCUCCGUUCCGGCCAAUGCCUCCUCUUCGGGCCACGACGAAAGCCAGAAGAUGCGCCACCUGAUCACAUUCAACCUCCCUGACAUUGAUGGGCCUGAGACGAUCGAGACCCGUGGCUCGCAGUGGUACUUCCAUGCUGGAUCAGCUGGGCUGAACGUUUCCUUCGGACAGGGAUACAUCAACUUCGAUCUCUCACAGUACACUCCCACUAUGACCUCCAAGUUUAUUCUUGAGAAUGAGGAAUUUUCUUCCCUGAUGCGUAUCUCCCCUCAGUCCGUGAUCGGUGCCGGCAAGUCCAUGAUCGCCGUCUACGAUACGCAAUACAAAUCCGUGCAGCGCAACAUCGCUGUCGGCGACAUCCCAGCCAGUGCCUCCGGCAUCAAGGCGCGCACAACGUUUGUUAGCUACUACGCCAAGCUGGGAGUUGCCAUUGCUACCAAGGACAACACUCUGCUCGCUUUCGACUUGAGCCCGUCGCAUAACACUGCCAACCCCUCCCUCAAACGGUCCAGGGAUGGCUUGCUAAUCGACGCUAUCGGCCGGGGUAUCGGAUCCGCCAAAAAGCAUCGCACCGAGGAUACAGCAGUUCUGGGUCUCUCAUCGCCCGAAGAAGUCGAGCGCUGGAACAAGCUGACUGCUGACCUCCACCAGUGCUCCGAGGCCCAGGACGCCGAUGCUUUCGACCAUGCAGUACUGGCCUACUUCGGUUCCAACGGCUUCCCUUCACCAGAGGACUACGUCAACCCGGAGACAACAGUCCAUCUUCUGUCCCUGAUAUUCAAGCUGAAAGAUGAUGCCUCGAGCCAGGACCAGCUGUCAGCCUCGUCUUCAUUCCGCUUGUCCAUCAACCUGUGGCCCCAGCAAACCUGCCAAUGGCUCAUCCAGAUCGGCCACCUGUCGCCGAACAACGUCGAGAUCGCUCUCCGCCGAUCCUUCAAACCCCGUAUCCUCCCAUCCCUCCCCACCGGAUCUUUCAUCCAAGCCCUGACCGAAUCGGACCCAUCCCUCGAACGCCUCAUCGAUGUCCUCCAAGGUCGCGUUCUCUUCUCCACCGACGAGCUUGCUUACAUCCUCAAGCUCCUCAUCAACACCGCUCGUUCCCGCUCCGUCACCCUCGACGAGGAAGCCCCCAAGGCGCUCACCAACGGCGAAGACCAAGACCAAGCCCCCACCCAGGCCCUGGCCCUCUCCCACGCCGAACCCAGCCUCGGAAACAUCUUCCUCGCUCUCAACACCACCCUCGAAAAGAUCCACCGCCACCCCCUCCCCGCCAUCACCACCUCCAUCCGCUCCGCCCUCUCCCGCACCGAGAUUAUCUCGAUGGUGCACCACCUCCGCCUCUCCCUCGCAACAGGAGGCUACACCUCCCGCUUCACCGAAUCCCCUCCCAUCCCCGUCCCCGCCGAGCAAACCAACCCCCCGAUCUCCCUCUCCACCAUCGUCGACCUCCUCAACGCCUCCGUCGACGCCAUCGGCCCCUCCGGCUGGAUCUCCGCCGCCUCGGGCGUCGACGACUCCAUCACCGCCCGCGACCAGGAACUCAUCGCCGACCUGAAGUCCGAAAUUUCCGCUGCCCUCGCCGGCAUCGAAGAGGCCACUUACCUCAAGGGCAUCCUCCACGAAUACCUCCGCUACGCUAACAGCGCCAUCCGCUCCGCCACCACCACCGUCGCCGUCGACUCCGGUAGCGAUACCCCUACCUCUGCGAUGGUGCGGCUCGAGAAGCUCAACGGCGCAGACCUGAUGGUCUUCGGCGCUACGGAGGACGAUGAUGGACUUGAGGGUGACGCUAGCGGCAAGCUGUUGCCGUUGUCGCUCAAGGCUGGAUCGAACGAUGUCAGCAAGACCAAGGUCAAGCUGUCCACUGGUGAGGUCAAGACGAGAAGUAGCAGAGAGAUUGGCUAUCUGCGGCGGAAAGCGGCGGGCAAGUACUCUUUCGAGAGACUUAUUGUAUAG